CAUCCAUCUUUCCCACAACUCCGCAAGCGAGAACUCACUCAAUUUCUUGGUAAUUACCAAAGGAGAUCACUGUUGCUGUUAUUAAGAAUAUGGCCGAAUGUCCAGGGAAGAGCACAUGGCCGGAGCUGCUUGGUGCAAAUGGGGAGGCUGCUGCUGCUCAGAUAGAGAAAGAGAAUGCAAAUGUUGAGGCAAUUGUUAUACUGGAGGGAUCUCCAACGACUCUGGACUUCAGGUGCGAUAGAGUUUGGGUAUGGGUGGACAAUGAUGGGAAGGUCACUCAAGUUCCUACCAUCGGUUGAACAAUUAUUAAUUAAUUUGGGUUGUUAAUUUUAAUUAAGUUAGUAAUACAUGAAAUAAUGUGAUCUGCUUCAUCCUCUUAUGUAAUGUUAUGUACUCGUAUUUUCUGAAGUGAGAUUGAUGAAGUCUGGAGAUUCUUUUAUCUAAACCUAUCACCAGGAUCUCCGCCCAA